UGCAGGGAUAUAACGGAAGUGCUAUAAUUGUAACUUCCGGUGAUUGCUGCGGCAAAUGUGACGGUGUAGUGGUGUUUAGAGCAACUUUUCGAAAGGAUUUCCACCAUGAGCUGCUCCAAGCCACAGACUUCUCAAUCGGACUCUGAACUGAUUGAAUGCAAAAUAUGUGAUGUUAAACUACAUAGGGAGACAAAUUAUAAAAUACAUUUAACAACAUCUCAACAUUUAAAGAAAGAGGAUGUGCUUGUGGCUUGUGGGAAGCUCAGAAGAGAUUAUAGUCUACCGAAAUGGGAAAAUAUGAAUGAUUAUUUUGAUUAUCUUCAGUUGGAUGAACCAUUAAUUGGAUUGCAGAAUGUUGCUGAAGUUGAUGUUAAGCCAGGUGAAGUUCCCAAGUACCUGUGUAGACUCUGCUUUUUUGAGGCAGAAAUGGCAGAUGUUGCAUUACAUAUUGUUGGAAAGAAACACAGGAAGAAAUAUUUGGAAACUCAUCGACCAGACUUGGUUACUUGGAGAACAGACGUCAUCACCGCACAACUCGGUAAAACCAUCCGAGCUCAAGCAGAGCUGCUCGAACAACAGGAAGGCAGGGGUGAAGUUGAGAAGCACUGGCAAUAUUGUGAAGGAGAACUUGGCAAGCCCUGCAGUACAUUCAAGCAGUCCAAAAAGAAUGCCAGUUCUAUACAGGAGCAGAAACCAAAAGCUGGAUACCUAAAAUCAUUGUUAGGCAAAAUGAGGAAGACCACAUGGAAUUCAUCUGAUGAACCAUUGUCAAUUGGAAAGGUCCUCGAUCAGUUAACAGCCUUUGCAGGAAAUCGGUCCAGUUCUCGUUCUUCUGUGGGUCUGGCAAGAGGAGAAAGGCGGACAUCAUAUGAUAUUGAAAGAGAUAAAUGUUAUUGGGACAGAGAUUUGGAAAGGCGGCCACUGGAUGAAUUCAGUAGGCAAUAUCCAGAACGAGAUUUUAGCAGGAAUUACUAUGAGGAUAAGCGACAAAGAUAUCCUGAUGGCGGGCGAAACAGAAGAUACAUUGAUGAGAGUUUAGAUGAACGAUACCACGAUAAUAUUUAUGAAAGAUAUCCUGAGAAGGAUGACCAUCGCUGGAAUGCUGAUGAAGAUCGAAGGUAUUUUGAAGAGAAAUGUAGAAGCAGGUAUCCAGAGAAGAGACGGGAUUCUGUUUACAAUUAUGAGGAAGGUUUUGAGAGGAGGAGUCUUAAUGAUAAUUGGUCUGAAAGAAGAUUUUCUCCUGAAAGGAAGAGGUUUGAAGGUGGUCCAGAUAAAUACAUGAUUGAAAAUGGUGCAGGGAGAAGGCUACUUGAAAGGGGCCCAAGAGAAGAACAUGAAGGUUGGCCAGAACCUUUAAAUGAAAGACCUUUGGAAAUGCAUGGUCCUGUGGAGGAGCCUGCUGGGCAAGGUAUGCGUGAAGGUUUGUUGGGAAGAUAUCCUUCUGACACUCAAGCUGGAAGGAGAUACAUAAACAUGACCUCAAAUGCCCAGUAUAAUCAAGAUCCACCUAAUGCAUUGUAUCCUGACGAUGCGUCUGAUAAAGGUUAUGUGCUAAAUAAGCCUCGUGAUAUACUAACAGCUGGAAGAUAUCCAGAAGAGCAGCCUUAUGAAGAGUUCUGUACAGAUACUUCCAGUCGAAGAUAUCCUGGCAAAAGGGGUCCUGAGAGCUAUUCUGAAGCAAUGCCUAAUCAACGAAUUGACUUUCAGAGGAAUGAAAGUUUUGGUAGCUCUUAUUCAAACAAAAGGCCCAGACUGGACCCUGUGUCCUCCAGAGAGAAAGAUAUUGAAAUAAAUAAUGUAGAAGAAGCUUCAUUCCUGAAGGAGAAACUGGUUCAUCUUUUGAAGGACUUUCAGUCAAAGCAACGGCAGUAUUUGGAUAUGAACAUAAAUGUUCAGCAGCCAGCCAUAUCUAAAGAUUAUAACCACCAAGGUGUUGGUGCAACUUUUGAAGAGGAGCAGCACAAUACUGGCAGCAGGAGCAGAUCGCCUAAUAGAAGAUUUUAUCCACCAAAUUCCCAGCUUGGCAAUGAGCCUCAGAUGAGGAGUAGGCAGUGGUCACCUGACAGAGGACAGGAUGCACCUUAUUAUGAAGCUCAACAGUACAAUGAAAUGAAAGCAGAUUACUCGAGACUGGCUCAGCCUUCAUCUUACAAUCCUCCUAUGUCUGACAGGGGUGAAAGAUGGAGGGGGGAGCCAAUGCAGUCUCUCAACUGGAUGGCAACAGAACAGCGUGGGGCAGCUGGUUCUGCAGAUAUGACAGCAUCGUCCAGCUACAGUUACUUUUCACGCGGAAUGAAGUAAUAUUUGUUAAAAUGAAAAAAUGUAGUACUUAGUAAGUGAAUUCCUUGACGUGACGAAUUAUUUUAUCUUUAUUCUGUCUGUGAAUUUACUUUUACUUGCUUAGCCAUUUCUAGGUUACAAUGAGCCAGCUGUCCUCUGUCAGUGCACAGAAAGCACGACCCUGACUGCAGGAAGCAGCAGACCAUCCAGCCAACCGUGUGUUUCACCUCCACAAAGCUCUCAAACAGAGGAUCAGUGUUCAUACUGUAAGAUACUGGAAUCUUUAACAGUAUCCAACAAAUCCUUUUCUCAUUUGACUUCCUGACCAAAGAAAACAUUUUCUUUCCCCAUCAGUCUUCUUUUAAAUUCCAUGACAGUAGAAGUUAUUUGUAAUGAACAGGUGUUUGUUGGCUCUUAUUGUUUUAAUGUUUUUUUGUUUGUUUUUUUUUUUUAUUAAAUGUGCAUAUUGCAGGUCUGAUCAUUUAGCCUCGUUUCAUUUGUAAGGUGGUGUUUUUCUGUGAAUUUUCAAAGAUUUAAUAAAGACACAUUAAACUCUCUUAA